AUGCAGGUCCCCAUCCGCUCCGGGAUGUUCUCCAGAAGGAAGCCUUCCCGCCCCCUGCCUGCCUGCCCCAACGUGCUCACGCCGGACAAGAUCCCUGCAUUUCUCAUCCCACCUAACCUGGCCACCAUUCAGGGCCGGCGGUCGCAAAGGAACCAGAGCCCUGCCACCAACGAAUCUCAAACUCGUCCUGAAGGCCGGCCUGCCAGGCGCCUCCAGAGCACCACCUCCAUGCCUCAGCUCUCUAGCCCAGAGGGCUGGGACUUUUUGCCCGAGAGUCCCCACACACGCCGACGAGAGUCCCUCUUCCACGGGGAAUGCCUGCCCCAAGGGUUGGGUGCCAGGUCCUCCUCUCCCUCGAGGCCUGUCUCCUACCCUGGCGCAACACUGGACAGUGACACAGCCUCCUCCACGGAGACGUCCCCCUAUGGUUCGCCCCUGCCGUUGCGGUCCCUAGGGGGCACUCUGACACGGCCGGUGCAUGGGCACCGACGGAGAUUCACGUUUUGCUCCCCCAAGCUCAAGGCAGGGCUUCGGCCUAACUCCUUAUCCACCGAGGAGACCAGCUCAACGGACACCAGCCCCGGCGUUCAGCGUCGGGAAACCGAGCCCUCCUGGGGGUCCCCCGCCUCCCUGUCCCCCCUGCCGAUCUCCCCGCUGGACUUCAUCCGUUGCCACGAGCGGCUCACCAAGGAGGUGGCGCUGACCACGAGCAAAGGGGGGCCCUUGAGGCUGUCUAUGGAAUAUCUCCUGCCACAGAGGCGCAUCCGGGUGCGCCUCGUCAGCGCGGAAGGGUUCUACCAGCCCCACUACGAUCCACGGCACAUCAGCUGUUGCGUCUCCCUUUCCCUGAGGCCGGGCUCGGUGCAACGGCAGCGCAGCGCGCUCAUCAAGAGAAGCCGCAACCCCAUCUUCAAUGAGGACUUCUUCUUCGAGGGGGUCUUACUGGAGGAGCUGCCCAGGCUGAGCCUGAGGGUCAAGGUGGUCAACAAGGGCUCCGGCGUGCGGAGGGACGUGGUCCUGGGCGAAUGGGAAGCCCCGCUCGACUCUCUUUUGCCCCCUUAG